GGAUAGUAAACGGAUAAACCGGAUAAACUGGAAAGCAAGCCAAUGAGAGCGCAACAAAACAACCACCACGUCGUCGUGGUCGCUGCUGCUUUUGCUGCUGCUGCUGAGUCGUGGUUCUCGCUUCGGUCAAAAGGAACUUAAUGUGGUGUUCGGCAGAGCCAGAGACAGUCAACAUUGCGCAGCCGUUGUGAACGGACGUCCAACAGUCGCCGCGACAGAAAAUAAAGCAAGCAACCAAAAACACAGAACACAUUUGAGAAACUGGGAGUCAGUGAAAACUGAAAAGUGUUGAAAUUUGUGCGUGUGGCAAAAAUAAAACUUUUCGCGUUAAACAUGGUGAUGAACGGAGCGUUGCCAGUACCGAUGCCAACGCCAAGUCCGCCAGCCAGCAAGUCACGCAUCCAGAUUGAGUGGGAUAUCAAUGACACCGUUGUGCCGACGGUCAGCGAGCACGACGAUUUUAACGACUGGGCCAACGGCCACUGCCGGCUCAUCUAUGCCGCCCACAGUGAGGAUGCCAAGAAGCAUGCCAGCGGCUGGGCGAUGCGCAACACCAACAACCACAACGUCAACAUACUAAAGAAGAGCUGCCUCGGCGUGCUGCUCUGCAGCGCCAAGUGCCGCCUUCCCAAUGGCGCCAGCGUCCAUCUGCGUCCAGCCAUCUGCGACAAAGCGCGUCGCAAGCAACAGGGCAAACAGUGUCCCAAUAGAAAUUGCAAUGGCCGCCUCGAGAUUCAACCAUGUCGUGGGCACUGCGGCUAUCCGGUGACACACUUCUGGCGCCGCGCCGGCAACGCAAUCUACUUCCAAGCUAAGGGCACCCACGAUCAUCCACGGCCGGAGGCCAAGGGCUCGACGGAGGCACGUCGUCUCCUCGCUGGCGGACGACGAGUGCGCAGUCUGGCCGUGAUGCUGGCUCGGGAUGCAGCACUCAGUGACAAGCUGUGCAGCCUGCGGGCCAACAAGCGCCAAGCGAAGUCGCUGCCGCUGCAGGAAAACGCCAGCAAGCGCAAGCAGCGGACUACCAACUCUGCAGAGUUGUUGCCUGCGGGCACAGAGUUGCCAUCGUAUCACAGUGUUGCCGUUGCAGCUGGCACGCCUACAGCCACGCCCUCGACGGCAAUAUUCCAGCAAGCGCAUACAGCUAGCUACAUGACAUCGCAAUGGAGCACGGACUGCUCGUCUUACUACUCACAGGAUGCCUCCUUGAACUACAACAGCGGGGGCGGCAUCUACGGAUACGAGAUGCACUCGCCCCUCUCGCCGCUCUCCUCCAACAGCUCCACAGCCAGCUACUACGCCAGCUCGGAGACCCAACUGCAGCAUCAGCAACAGCAGCAGCAACAACAACAACAACAACAGCUGCUGCAAGUGCCACAACAGAACUAUGAGCUUGCGACGACAACAGCUCCGAAUGCAACCAGCUACCAGACUGGCAUGAAUCUCUACGAGAGCUGCGACGACACCUCCAGUCUGACCAGCAGCUCUGGCUACAGCUCCGAGGACUACAGCUACUUCAACGGAUACGUGCCACAAGCACUGGACAUCAGCGGUAGCUCCACUGCCAGUCCCGAAAGCUUUUACAGCCCCAACUCGGAGAUCUUCAGCGUGUUCGAUGGCAACAUCAGUGGCGGCAGCAGCAGCACCGUGGAGCUGCUCUACGAGGAGGCAACUGCCUAUCAGCAGCAGGCGUUGCAGCAACAGCAGCAAUCCUUCACUUCCCCACCCGGCGUUGCCGUCUCCUACCAACAACAACAGCCGCAGUCACAGCCACAGGCACAGCAACAACAACAGCAGACUGCGGAUUACUAUUAUAGCAACACGGGCGUGGACAACGUGUGGAACAUCCAAAUGGACGCGACGAUCUCUCCAGCUGCGUAUCAGAGUCAGGCAACAAGCCACGAACCAGGCAUUGGCAUCUUCUGCUAAUCCCACCAAGAUCUCAACAUUAUUACGACUCAAGCGUUGUUCUAGUCUCUAGUUGAAACACAAAUCUCGCCUCGAAGUUAUGUUCCCAUUUCCUUUCCCCCAAUUUGCUUGUUGGUUUUAUCUUUAUACCAUGUUUCUAGCGCCUAAGUCAUUGAACUCCAUUGUUUCCCUCAGCUAUUCCAAAGUUUUAAAUUAAGCACCUACUAUUAAGUAUUUAGCAACUAACUAAGUGACGUACAAGUAAAACCCACCUAUUUAUGCAUUUUUGUAAUAAACA